AAAACAAUUACAAUUAUUGUCAAAACGAGACUGCAUCGUGCUGUGCGUGCCGCAUUCAAAAAGCCGAUUAAUAGUCUACGUGUGAAUUAAAUAAUUACUGAAAGAAUUUCCACUUCCAGUUCAUAAUUCAGAUCCAAUAUGUGUGGAAUUUGGGCGUUAUUUGGCGUUAGCGAAGACUUAUGUCCACUAUGUACGGAAAGCUUUGUGGCAAUUCGUCACCGCGGGCCCGACGCGUGGCGCUUCGAGGCCGACGCUCGGGAACCAUUUGCGAUAUUCGGCUUCCGGCGUCUGGCCAUCGUUGAUGGUCUGCACGGUAUGCAACCGAUGAGAUUGCAUCUCUAUCCACGCACAAACCUCAUUUGCAACGGAGAAAUUUACAACUACAAACGGCUGCAGGCACAGUUUAAGUUCCCAUAUGAAACAAAGUGUGAUGUAGAAGCCAUCACACAUUUGUACCACAACUUUGGUUUCCAAAAAACUGUGAAGAACCUCGAUGGUGUAUUUGGCUUUUGUCUGAUGGACGGAGAGAAGAAGAAAAUAUGUGUUGCUCGCGAUCCUUACGGCGUCCGCCCCCUAUUCGAAUACUGGGAUCCAGAGAGGGGUGUAUUAGGAAUCUCAUCUGAAGGCAAAGGUCUGAUCAAGUUAAAGCAAAACGGCAAUGGCAGUGCCACUUUGAGACAAUUCCCGCCGGGUCAUUACGCGCAAUGGAGUAUAUUAGACGAUGGUAAAGUUAAGCUUGAUUUUAUUGAGCGAUACACGUCGCCUGGUAUGCCACCGAACUUCUUGCCAUAUACUUCUGAGACUGACUUGGAAGGUAAGAGCAUAGAAGAGAAAACUGCGCUUCUUUUAGAAGCUGCGUGCGAAAAGAGAUUGAUGUCUGAUAGACGUAUCGGCUGUUUACUUAGCGGUGGUUUAGAUUCAUCGCUGAUUGCCGGGUUAGUUGUGAAGCUAGCCAAAAAGCACAACUUGCCAUACAAGAUACAAACAUUCGCUAUAGGAAUGGGCGAUUCCCCGGAUUUGGUAGCGGCUCGAUCCGUCGCUGAUCACCUGGGCACUGAGCAUCACGAAGUACAAUUCGAUGAAAAUGACGUAAAGGAAGCAUUGGACAAUGUGAUAUAUCAUUUAGAAUCGUUUGACAUUACAACGAUACGUGCUAGUCUGCCUAUGUAUUUACUGUCUAAGUAUAUUAAAGAGAAGACAAACACUACUGUUGUGUUUAGUGGCGAAGGAGCCGACGAAUUAGCCCAAGGCUACAUUUACUUUAGGGACGCUCCUUCCGAAAAUGUUGCACAUGAAGAGAGCUUGCGUUUGCUUUCGGAUAUUUACUUAUACGAUGGCCUCCGCGCGGACAGGACCACUAGUGCUUUUAGUUUGGAGCUCCGUGUACCGUUCUUGGACAUUCAGUUUACUAACCACUACCUUAGCCUUGACCCAAAACUACGUCAACCGCAAAACGGCAUUGAGAAGCAUUUGUUGCGGAGUAGUUUCGCUAAGAGCGGAUUACUGCCGGACACGAUACUGUGGCGUCAUAAGGAGGCUUUCAGCGACGGCGUGGCAUCUGUCAAGAAGUCAUUGUUCACUAUUAUUGGGGAGAUAAUUGCUGAAAGGUCGAUAGAGGAAAAUGUUGUGUAUCCAGGAGUACAGCCUAAAACAGCUGAAUCAAAAUACUACCGGUACGUGUUUGAAAAGUCUUUCCCCGGCCAACAUGUGUUUACUCCGUAUUAUUGGAUGCCUAAAUGGGUCGCCGGGGUUUCAGAUCCUUCUGCGCGGUUUAUAAAACAUUACGCGGCUAACUAAAGCAAUUUCGUGACUGUACAAAGUUGUAGAAAAACUUAAUUUGCGGCAACCGCUUAUUUAUUUGGCUCUCACGAUUUAGUUUUUUCGUCUAUUGUACAUUUUAUUUGUAUUUAAAUCUCAGGGCAAGGUUUUGUAACAAUUUAUUUACGAUCUUUUCCAAUCUUCUAUCCCAUUUAUUCUGUUCUAAAUAUUAUUACACGUAAAUUGAGUAAAGCUACGAGUACCUAUCUAGAUUCCUGUGUGGAAGUUCCAAUUGAAGUGUAACAGAGUGUGUUUAAUUGACUUGCGGCCUUCCGUACAACUUGGUUCUCAUUAUUCCCUGGCCGAUUUAGAGAGUCCCCAGUUUGAGUAUAAAUUACUUUGAUGAAAAUGUUACUAUGAUUGUUGCGGUUAUUGAAUGUUAUUGCUCCAAGCAUUUUGUUAUUGUUCUGUUCAUAUUCAUAAAGACCUUUAUUUUAUUUUGGUAUUUUUAAUACCUGAUGUAUUUUUUGACAGUGUUUGAUCUUGUUUUGCUUAGGUUUAAGUGUAAACUAUUUAAUUUCGGGAAUAGUGGGGAAAUUACCUCCAAGAAGUUUUUACGUAAGAUGUUAUUAAGUAUUAUAAGACUUAAAUGUUUUUAACGAAAGGAUAGUGUAAACUUAAAAUUCAAAAUUGUGUGAUCUGAUACCUAUGUAAAUGUGUUUUCGUUUUAUUAUAUGUAUUUAUUAAUCUGA